CGAGUUAUUCAAGUAACGGUCGUGUGAACGAGGCACUUCCGCUCGUUUUAUUUUGAAAGGGCGCAGAGCGGACGUGUCGCGGUUGUUUUCUGUUGGCCGUUGAGUUGGAUGCGGCUCGCGCGGCAUCGACGCGGCAGGAAGCGGACCGAGAGGCGGACAGCCACCGACGGCGAAGAGGCGGCGGCGGCAGCGGCGGCAGCGGUAGCAGCAUGGCGACGCCAGGACCGGAGCCCCUCGUCGCCCAGCCGGCGGCGUCGCCUCCGCCCGGCCACAACGGCGGGCCCGCGCCGCCCAACAGCCGCGGCAUGGAGCGAGCGCUGGAGGAGGCGACUUUCAGCGGCGCGCUCAACCUCAGCGCCAGGAAACUCAAGGAGUUCCCGCGGACGGCCGCCGGACACGACCUGAGCGACACGGUGGAGGCGGAUCUGUCCAAGAACCGACUGUCGGACGUGCCCUCGGAAGUGUGCCACCUGGUGGCCUUGGAGAGCCUCAACUUGUACCACAACUGCAUCAGGAGCAUCCCGGACGCCGUCAUCGGCCUGCACUCGCUCACCUCGCUCAACCUCAGUCGCAACCAGCUGAGCUCGUUACCGGCCUGCUUGUGCGCCCUGCCGCUGCGCGUCCUCAACGCCAGCAACAACAGACUGGCCAGCCUGCCCGAGAGCGUCGGACAACUCCGCCGCCUCAUGGAGCUGGACAUCAGCUGUAACGAGCUGACGAGCCUCCCGCGACACAUCGGCCGACUGCGGGCGCUACGGGAGCUCAACGUACGUCGGAACCUGCUGUGCGUCCUUCCGGAAGACCUGGCCGACCUUCCUUUGGUCAAGUUGGACUUCUCGUGCAACAAGGUGUCCGCCAUCCCGCCGGGCUACCGGAGGAUGGCGCGGCUGCAGGCCCUGCGCCUGGAGAACAACCCGCUGCAGAGCCCGCCGGCGCAGAUCUGUCUGAAGGGCAAAGUUCACAUCUUCAAGUAUCUCAGCAUGGAGGCGUCUCGCGGCGACAAGUUGGCCGACGCCCUCUACCUGCCCGCCAUGGAGCGCCUCAGUCUCAUGCGUGUGGACGACACGACGGAGCAGCAGAGGAAGCGGGACAGCGACUCUGGAGUCGGCAGCGACAGCGGAGAGAAGAGGCUCUCGGCAACGGAGCCGUCGGAUGAGGACACUUUGAUUCUCAACGCACCCAUGAGUCACAUCACGGAGGAGGACGGCCUGGCCAAAGACGACUCCCACCAACGCGUGGGCUCCCCGACGGAUCCCGGCUGGGAGGCGGCGCGGCGGAUGGAGGAGAGCCCCGGCGAGGCGCCGAGGGAGCGGCCGGCCCGCCGGGACCCCGCCUCUGCCGGCUUGGUGGGCUGUGGCAAGGGCCGGACGACGGUGACGGCGGCCGACUUGGACGAGCCCUUGAGGAUCGACAAAGACGCGCGCUGGACGUCAGAGUCGCGGGUGACGGGCGACGACGGCGGGCCGCGCUCGGACGCCGUCGACCGGCCGAAGGAGGCGGCCGAGCCGCCGCGGGAUCCCGGCAGAAUCCACUUGGAGCAGGAGGACAUGUGCGGCGUGCGACUGUACCCCGUGGAAACGAUCCCGCCGGAGCGCGCCCUCAACGGGCAAGACAGCGGCGACGAUGACGACGACGACACCGUACCAAAGGUAACGCGCGCACCACUUGAGUCUUCUUUAUGAAUGGUGAUGUGGGUGAAUCGGCGCUUCCGACCACAGCGUUCUCCGGGCAGUCUGUCCAGUGGCCCGUUUGGACUGAAACCUCGCUCAGCCCCAUCCUCUCUUCCCUGCUCGCCCCCUUCCUCCCCCGCCCAUCUCUCGCAGGGCCCGCCCCUCUUUGGAGGUUUGCGCCGUAGCCGGGGCGACGGAGGCGUGCCGGAGCGCGUGUUCCUACGCAGCCACAAGAGUGCGGAGUGUGUGGACCCGCAGUUCACCAUGAGGAGGAAGAUGGAGCAGCUGAGGGAGGAGCUGGAGCUGAUGGAGCAGCUCCGAGACAGCAUCGAGAGCCGGCUGAAGUUGGCGCUUCCCGACGACCUGGCCACCUCACUGAUGGACGGCGUGGUGCUUUGCCACUUGGCCAAUCACAUUCGCCCGCGCUCGGUGAUCAGCAUCCACGUGCCCUCGCCCGCCGUGCCCAAACUCAGCAUGGCCAAGUGUCGGCGGAACGUGGAGAGCUUCCUGGACGCCUGUCGCAAGAUCGGCGUGCCCGAGCGUUCUCUGUGCUCCCCCUAUGACAUCAUCCAGCGCCGCCUGCCGCCCCUGUGCGCCACCGUCAGCACGCUGGUGUGCGGGCAGCCGCCUCCGGGGAAAAAAGCCGCCGCUGCGGCCCCCCCGUCGCCACCGCCACCAGACUCGGUCUCGGUGACCACUCAAACCCCGCCUCCGCCCCAGUGGCGGUGGGCCCUGAUUGGCUGUAGCCUAGUUCACGUCCUCUGCCUGCUGGUGCUCUUUGCCGCCUACGCGUGGAGCCAUCUGACAUAACCGCGGCGCCGGCUGGCGAGAACCCCCCCCCACCCCUGCCCCCAGGAGCGCACGCUUCUCAUACGUGCACCAUUCCAACCGGAAGAGGAAGCAAACAUCCCCCUGAAAGCGGUUGCGAGUGGCGGGCUUUUUUGGCCAAACGUGGUUCCCGCUCGCAACCUCGUGAAGCCGUUGGUCUUUGAGCGCAGGCCCGUUUCCCAGCGGAGGCUCCAGAGGCGCUCCCGAGCUGCGUUGGCCUGCGCAAUUUCUCCGUUCGGCGGUCCGCUCAAUCCAACGCGGCCCUCAAAUUUCAGCCGGCCGUCCGACGUACGUCUCCCGCGCGCGUUAUCUUCCCGCAGAGGCAAAGCUCAUGAUCCCCUGAGCUUAGCAUUUAGCCUGGGCGUCUUCUCUCGCUCCCUCGAGUAGGUUUCACGAACGGCUUCCGUUUGAAGAGGGGACGUACGUGUUUGAGCUUUGUUGUGUCCUUAAAAACGAUCCGGCAGACUUUGACGUUGCUCAACAAAGCGAGCGCAUUUCACCGUUAUGUUGAGCUCAUUGGUAAACUGUUGUUGCCUUGGUUGUGUGCUUAUUGUUUUAUUUGUAGUUAGAUUGGGUGGGUGCAGUU